AUGAGUGUAUGAAACUCUAAUACAAAUGAGUACUCAAGCAUUCGCAAAGAGAUCUCAAAUCGGGUGGAGAUCUCAUCGCCGGUCACCGCUUGGAAGAGAGCCGUGGAAGGCGUUACUCUGGAGUCGAUGUCAAUAUCGCCAUACAGUGGACACACUUUCCACGAAUCGCCAAUUUUUCUUCAUUUUUAUAAGUUUUUGAUAACAAAUUAUAGCGAAAUGAUUGACAAACUGUUUGUUUUGGUGGACGUAUUGACGGCCGUAUUGUUGUCUUUGGUUUGUUAUAAACAAUUGAAUUACUUAUCGGUAUUAGAAGAACAGCGGAUGAAGAAGAACGUCAAAAAAGAGGACAUCAGCCGACUGUCCAUCGAUAGGACUCAGAUUACUGAACGCUCGCUACGAGUGGCCAUUAUAUACCUGUUAUCGCCGUAUUCUGUGCUCUCAUGUGUGGGACAGUCAACGAGUGUAUUCACAAACUUCUUGAUGGCGUUAACUCUAUUGACCACAACUAUGGGUUUGCGAGUGGUGUCGGCCGCUCUGUUGGCGCUCUUAGCCAUUUUCCUCAUCACUGAUCUCUUGUUCGCUUUCGUCAAAAGAGAGUUUUACAUCAGUCAUGGCGUUAAGACAGAACCAGACGGCAAACUCUCACGACUAGAGCUCGCAUUUUAG